AUGGCCCCUGUUGCUUUCUCCGACAUUCAGAAGUCUUCCAACGACUUGCUUUCCAAGGACUUCUUCCACUUGAGCUCCGCUGCCGUGGACGUCAAGUCCACCGCUCCCAACGGUGUCGCUUUCACCGUCAAGGGUAAGACCGCAAAGGACAAUGCCAUUGCUGCCUCUGUGGAGGCCAAGUACGCCGACAAGGCCACCGGCUUGACCUUGACCCAGGGCUGGAACAACGCCAACACCUUGAGCACCAAGUUUGAGUUGUCCGAGUUGUUGACUCCCGGUCUCAAGGGUGAGUUGGACACCUCCGUGGUGCCCAACGGCUCCAAGAACGCCAAGUUGAACUUCUUCUACCAGCAGUCCGCCGUCAACGCCCGCUUGUUCUUCGACUUGCUCAAGGGCCCUGUUGCCACCGCCGACUUGACCGUGGCCCACGACGGCUUCACCGCCGGUGCCGAGUUGGGUUACGACAUUGCCUCCGCCAAGCUCAACAAGUACUCCGUCGGUGUCGGCUACGCCAACCCAUUGUACACCGUUGCCGUGACCUCCACCUCCAACUUGUCUGUCUUCACCGCCGCCUACUACCACAAGGUUUCUCCUUUGGUUGAGGCCGGUGCCAAGGCCACCUGGGACUCCGUCAAGUCCUCCAACGUCAACGUUGAGUUCGCCACCAAGUACAAGUUGGACUCCACCGCUUUCGUCAAGGCUAAGGUCGCCGACUCCGGUUUGACCGCCUUGGCCUACUCCCAGGAGUUGAGACCCGGCGUGAGAUUGGGCUUGGGUGCCUCCUUCGACGCCUUGAAGUUGGCCGAGCCUGUCCACAAGUUGGGUGUCUCCUUGUCCUUCACCGCUUAA